AUGGAUAAGAAGAAGCUGCUCCUUGGUAUGAUUGUCCAAGAAGUUGGGACUUUGUCCUUGCUCGACCCUGCUCAGGUCUCAAAUUGGUUUGAGACGCACAUCAGUGUGAAAGCAGCUCUGCAAAAGGAUUGGUUGGGGUACCUCCCAAUAGCUCAUGCUGACACCCUUCUGAUCACAGCUCAGCUUCGUGGUCAUGCUUCCUUCAAUGACAUGGAUGAGGUAGGCCUAACUCACCUGGCCUGGAAAGCUCAAAAGACUGGAACCACCUCCGUUCUUUUGGACAUUGAUGCGGAUCAUGACUGCGUAGAGAGGCUCAAGGAGCGCAUGUUCGAGCGCUCGGAGCGUGCAUGA